CGGGCUGACGGGCUGCCUUGGCCCUCGGACGCCUUCUUCCUGGGCUGGAGGAAGUCCGGGGUGAAGGGACCCCAAGGCACCUCCCGGCCCGGCUUGGACACCCCGGCUCCGGCCGUCCCGGACCCGCACGGUGGAGCCUCUGCCCAGCCUUUCGUGCGGGUGCUUUAGACGCUGCCGGGACGUCCUCGGGUGUUCGCGCUUCCACGUGUAUUUUCCUGCCGCGGAUCUCCGAUAGGAAGCCUCGCCACGUCGAGUUAGCGAAACGCAUCUCAGGGUUCCCACAAUGAAGUUAGCAAAGCAGUGUCCCGAACAGGUCGUUUUUCCUGUAUUUAACAGCAUUAAGGGCACUAUGAACGAAGAGGAGCAGUUUGUAAACAUUGAUUUGAACGAUGACAACAUUUGCAGUGUUUGUAAACUGGGAACAGACAAAGAAACACUCUCCUUCUGCCACGUUUGUUUUGAGCUAAAUAUUGAGGGAGUACCAAAAUCGAAUCUCUUGCACACCAAAUCGUUAAGGGGCCAUAAAGACUGCUUUGAAAAAUACCAUUUGAUUGCAAACCAGGAUUGUCCUCGAUCAAAACUUUCAAAAAGUACUUAUGAAGAAGUUAAAACCAUUUUGAGUAAGAAGAUAAACUGGAUUGUACAGUAUGCACAAAAUAAGGAUCUGGAUUCUGAUUCCGAAUGUUCUAAAAAUCCCCAGCAUCACUUGUUAAAUUUCAGGCAUAAGCCAGAUAAAAAGUUACUCCCACAGUUUGACUCCCAGGUACCAAAGUAUUCUGCAAAGUGGAUAGAUGGAAGUAUAGGCGGUCUCUCGAACUGUUCACAAAGAAUAUUGGAGCAGAGGGGAAAUACAGACUUUGGGCUUGCUAUGUUGCAAGAUUCAGGUGCCACUUUAUGCCACAAUAGUGUAUUGUGGCCUCAUAGUCACAACCAGCCACAGAAAAAAGAAGAGAUAAUCUCUAAUCCAGAGGCUAAUGUCCGGGUCCAGCAUCCACGUUACAGCAGAGAGGAAUUGAAUUCGAUGACUCUUGGUGAGGUAAAGCAACUGAAAGCAAAGCUCCGACAGGAAAUACAGGAAGUUUUUGAAGAGUUAACACACCAAGUGCAAGAAAAAGAUUCUUUGGCCUCAGAGCUCCACGUCCGCCACGUUGCCAUCGAACAGCUUCUCAAGAACUAUUCCAAGUUACCAUGUCUGCAAGUGGGGCGAACAGGAACGAAGUCACACCUACCCAUAAACAAUUAAACUAAACUUACACUUACGUCCUUUGCCCUCAUGCCCCUACCAUUUAUUGGUCUGCCAGACAUGCCAAUUUUGAAGGAGUUGAAGAAAGUUGUGGUCCAUUUUUUUUAUGGUCAUUAAAUUUGCAAAGCUGAAGGCAGUAUCUAACAUCUUCGUCAAAUAAAGCAGAUCGUUACGCUCUAGUCUUCUAGGAUUAAUCAUUUUGGUUCAUUUUGGGAAUCUUUCUUCCCAUAAUUACUAAAUGGCCCUCCCUAACUUACCACAUGUGACUACUGUUACAGUGUGAUUUUAUUAAACAUAUUUUAAUGUAAUUCACCUGUCAAAACAGUAGAAAAUUUAAAACUCCUUAGAUUAGUCUGAACUACUAAAGAUAAUUUUAAGAGGGAAAUGGAAUUCAUAAUACACCUCUUAUUUAUUAUGAGCAAUAUUUUAAUAUGAAAAUUUUAUAUAUAAAAAUGCUAUUUUAGGUACCUUUCCAUUCUCUUUAUAAAUGUGUAUUUGAAUGCCUCUGUAUAUUAUAUUUACACUUUCCUGUGUGAAUAUGUUCAUCCAUAUUUCAGAUCCCUGCAUUUUAUUCUCUUAAUAUGUUCUUUUUACUAUUAUCUUGUUUUCCAAAGAUAAAUGUAUUUUAGAGUAGAUCUCUAUCUAGUUGAAUUGUUUUGACUUCUAAUAACUCUUAUAUGAAAGAGGAAUUAAUAACUUUUUAAAGCAAGUAUCCAAGGAAAAAAAAGUACAUUAUUUUUUUCUAACAAAAGCAGUUCUGAGUUCAGGAAGAAAAUGCUAAUCUAGUUUUCAUAUGUCACCUUGUCUCCAUAGAAGUAAAAGCCUCUUCUACUUCAUUAUUAUUUUCAUUCUAAUGACUUCGAUGUGUUAGAAUUUGGACAGAGUAAGUCAAGCCUCACUUCCAAGUCAAACGUAAUAUCUGUCAAAUUGAAUGUGCUGCAAAAUUGUUGUCCGAUCUUUGAAAAAAGCUUCAAAUUCUUCUGUUUGCCGCUUCAGAUACAGGUUCAAGAAUCCUUAAACUGUCCAAAUUCUCUUAGCAGCAUCACUGAAAUUUGUACCCAAAGAAGGCAUUGUGAGGUAUUUUUCUAAACUUUAAAAUUUAAAGGAGGAAAGAGAAGACUGCUUGACACAGAAAAGUAAGACUCUAGUUCAAAAAAAUAAGCCCAUUUCUAAAGGAUAUUCUUGGAAGUUGCCUGUGAUGUUGCCAAAGAAUUUUGAACUAGUAGGUCAUCUCGAACAGCUAGAUACGUUUUUUAACAGUGUAUUACAUAGUAAAAUCUAUAACCAGUGCAGAAUUAAAAUGGGCUCUAAAUUCUGUUUUUAGUUGGUACUUAGAAUGUAUUUAUGAGGUAAGAUCCUUUGCUUGAAAGAAUCUGCAGAAAAGCCCAUUAGCUUGGCAGCUUCGUGCAUAAAGAUAUGAAUGACUUCUGUCUUAAAUCUGGCAGCCUGCCCCCGCGUGGGUCAGAUUUGAGUCUUGAACACACGAACAGUAUUUGACUAAGCAAAGAAAUGCCUCUAUCUAGUAGAAAACAACUUUUUGUAAUGCUAAGAUGUGUUAAAUUUGCCUGAGAGUAUUAAUUGAUAACCGCAGUUGAUUUAAGUAUGACAUAACUGGUUUUGGAGCUUUUGAAAAAUGUUUUCAAUUUCUGUCAAUUUUUUGAGUCAUCCAAAAUGAAUUUAAAAUCCAGGGAGUGGGGAUGCAUUGCCUUAGUUUUGAUAAGCUUUAAACUGAAUGUGUGCAAUAUCAAAAUCUUUAUAAAUUUACUUUAUAAGUUGAAUAAAGACAUUUCCUGAUGAUGCCAGUGAAUAUCUUAGUAAGUGCUUAGUUGUUAGGUCACAUUUUUUAUUUUGACUUUGCUCUUUUUUGGCAUAAUUCAUCAAGAAUGUUACUAGCCAGUGUGUUUGCACACGUUUGUGCUUCUAUUUAGAUCACUUAGGGACAGUCAUAAAAGUUUGGGAUGUGUUGCAUUUGAUAUCAGUAGUAGCAUAUUUCCAGAGUAUGAGCCAUAUGGUGCAGUCCUAAAUGCAACAGCGUUAAUCCAAAGAAAAGUGUUUGCUUUGUUUCUGGCAAAUAUGUAGCUUUACUAAUUGGGUGGGAUGGUGCAUGUACUAAGGUCUUAUAAUUCGGGAUUCUGAUUUAUUCCAUUUAGAUAUUUCUGCCUAAGCUCUUGAACGGUGCUGUAAAAAAAAAUAUCUGUGGUGCUGGUACUCACAUUAGUACUUUAUUUGGAUGAAUAUUGUAGUAAAAGAAUUUUUUCUUGAAGGAUUUUGUACAGCAGUUUAUCCAACUAUUUGGUAAACUGAUUCCUAUGUUAGUUUUCUUGAUUGAAUAUGCAAUUAUUUUAUAUGCUAAAAUAAGAAUAAGGGACAGAAUGAAGUUCCAUCUUGAGAGAAGAUGAAAUACUACAAAUAUUGGUUACCAUACUUGGCUAUUCUUCUGUAUAGUUGUUAGUACUUUUUGAGGAAGUUUAGAAGAAAAUCUCAUACAUGCCAUCAGUUUCAGAAACAGCAAAAGGGAGAAGACUGCCUAUCAGCUGUUACUAACAUUUUCAGAGCUUAUAUGAUUAAGGGGAGUGAAAUAAGACUAAUGUUUUUUCAUGUUUGAUUUCAUAAUUAGACAAACUGAGUUUAAAAAAAUCAAUUUGAAGUCAAAAGCAAUUUUGAUCACACGAGACUAUUCACUUUCAAGAUUAAAGUUUUCAAAUUUGUUCAGACUUUUAAUUAAGCUAAAAAUCUAUUCUAAUUUGAGAUUGUCUUCCUUUGAUCGUAGCAUUUAAUAUCCAAAUUAGUCUUUUUUUUUUUUUCUUUAAGGAAAAAAAUAAGGCAUGCACUUAGGACCCAGUAACAGGUGAUGCAGAGAGCAGAAUAGUGGCGUUUUGUUCCAUCAUGUAGUUCCUUAGAUAUUGGAGCAAAGAAAUGUUCUUAGUUCUUCAAAUUUUAUGCUCAUUUCACCACAAAGUGCCCAUUUUUGUAUACACUUGAGAAUUAUUUUUAAAAUAAAUUCAUGUUGGGAAGUGAUUUCAAAAAUAUAGUCAAAAUAUAUUCUAUUUUGUUGGGAUCUCGACAGGCAUCUUGAAAUUUCUUGGGUUUUUCAUCUGAUCACAUUCUUUACCACUGAAAAUGGUUUUAAAGUACUUGUUUUGUUGAUACAUAUUUUUACCUUGGUGUUUACACUGUUGAAGGUUGUCAGUUUUUGCUGGGUUUUUUUAAAUUAAUUUUUGAAGAUCUAUUUGUGUGUGUUGAUGUUUACCAGUUUUGGUUUUAUUUUGGUUUGUUUUGUUUUAGAAGAAAUCUGCUUGUGUUAUUAAAUAUUGUAAAAUGCAAUUCAAAAUGUAUAUGCUCUAAACUUAAGAACUUUUAAAGAAAUUAUUUGUGUAGCUUAGAAGGAGGUUCAGUUGGUGACCUUAAAAUUAGGUUGUGACAUGAAAAUUUUCAAAUGGUACAAUGUAAAGUUCUUAUAGUGUUUUUUUCUGAUUUACUGAGAUAUUGCUUAUGCUAAAGUAAGAUAUCUUGAGUAUUUUUAAGUACUUAAUAAAAAGUUUAUUACUCUAUGAACUUUUUAAAGAUCUUUUGUUCAGAUGCAGCUGUAAAGCAAGGGCAGUUGAUUUUCAUUUCAGUGUUUAAUUGUAUUUUUAACUUUGGGUUGGUGGAAAUAAUUACUUGAGGAAAUUUGUGGUGAGAAUCAGUAAAAGAUAAAACCUUCAACAGGUUAUUCUUGCCACAUUAAGUUUUGUGGUGGUGGGGUGGGAAAGAGUUUAUUUAGCAGAAUAAUAAGGUACUAGGGCUCUGGCACAAGCAAAGGGAUCUUGGAGGAGGGUUCUCAUACUGUGGAAUAAUGAGGUUUUGUCCUACACGUCAGUGUCUGCAUUCACUUCAUCCCUUCCUAAUUGCUCUUGUUAUAAUUUAAUCUAACUCCUUUAGCAAUUUGGUCACCUUGCUAUGAACCAAUCAUAACAAGUCCCUAGCACUAAGAUUUUUUUAGCACCUAGUUUGUAAUGUAUACAUUCCCUAUUCUUUUUAGUUUAAAAAGAGUUCAAAUUACUAAUGCAUACUGAAUUAGUACACGAUUUUAAGCUUACCAAAGUAAAACCAAAAAAUCAUGAAGAUGAAUAUUGAGCCCUCGCCCCCCAAAAAAGUGUUCGUUGAACAUCCCUCAACUGCACACCCCUCCAAAGGAAUUUUAGUAAAUGUGUUUUUCUUGAAACAUGUAGAAUAUUUAUUUCCAUUCUGCUGUCUCCAAAAGAGUUUAGAAAGUGUUCCAUUGUGAUUUCUGUUAAAUGCCAUCAUCUCUACUUUUAUGGUUUGUAUGUGUGUGUUAACCUUGUUUUAAAUCUGAGUAGCAUAUACUGUGGUCAUUGAACUUGAUCUCUCUUUGCUGUUAGAAAUUUACUUUACAGAAUUGUGCUAGGGUCUUUGGAAAAAGAAAAUGAAACUGCAGUGGUGAAAAACAAGUUGGUUUUAAAAGAGUUUUAGACAUUGGCAAUUUUUUCUUUUAAAACUGCAAUAAUUUAUGUAUUUGUAUUCUGCCUUGGAACUGUAACUAUGAUGCUUGUCUACUAUUUUUAAUUUUACAGCAAUAAAAUAAAUAUUUUGUUAGAUC